AUGAAAGAGUCUCUUAGGUCCUCCAUUGGCAUCUCCCGUCAUACCGAUGAGAGUAUGGCACGCCAGGAGGCAUCUCGACUUUUGGCUCUGGGGCAAGUGUCAGAAAAUAUGCGUAUACCCAUAGCUGCAAAAAGCAAGGGCGAUAGUGAGCAUACAACUGAUAAACACAGGAUUGUUGUUGUUACUGGAGGAAACAAAGGAAUUGGGCUAGAGAUUUCUAGACAAUUAGCUUCCAAUGGGAUAAUGGUGAUUUUAACGGCAAGAGAUGAAAAACGUGGUCUCGAGGCUGUGAAAAAUCUCAAAGCUUGUGGGCUAUCUCAUAUACUUUUUCAUCGGCUUAAGGUGUCAGACCAGGCCAAAAUUGCUUCCAUGGCUGAUUUCAUCAAAAAUAAAUUCGGGAAGCUUGACAUAUUGGUGAAUAAUGCAGGAAUUAGUGGAAGCAUAAUUGAUGAGGAGGCUCAAAAGAGGCUAAGCCUGGUUGAUAUUGUAAGUUCAAAUGCUAAAUCAUAG